GGGGUUGAGCGGGGACCGGCACCAGCAGCGGGCUGCAGGUUGACCUGGAGACCUGUAGCAAGGAGUUUCACAAGAGGAGGAGACAGAAACUGGAAGCUCUCUGAAUGUGCUGCCCGCAGUCUUAAGGCUUCUUCAUCCCCUCAAGAUGCCUUCCCAGGAGAGCUGCUUUCUGAAGACGGAGCACUACAGCCUCUAACUGGGACAGCUCCUGCUGGUCUGGAGCUGAGACCGACUUCUCGCCUUUCCUUUUCCCUUGGAGAUGUUGCAGAGAUUCGAUCUGACCUCAUCCUCCUCACCUGAAGCUGCCGCGGCGAUGAUCCCACAGCCAGAUCCCACCACCAAAGACAAGAGAAUUGUGCGUUUGAAGCUGGGCCAUCGUUGUAACUGACUUGGAAUUUACUCCCUGCUUGUGUUCCUGGAACGGGUGCCGUUCCUCUGCUUGUCUCUGUGUGUGUUUUGAGCCACUCCUCCCUGAUCCUGUUUGGAAUUCCUGGGCUUUCCACGCUGAAUUUGCCCAUGGCUUUCCUGAUGAAGAAGAAGAAAUUCAAAUUUCAGACGAGCUUCACUCUAGAAGAGCUGACUGCUGUCCCCUUUGUGAACGGGGUUCUGUUCUGCAAAAUCAGGCUGCUAGAUGGAGGAGACUUUGCUAGCUUAUCUACCAGGGAGGAAGUUCAGGAGAACUGUGUCCGCUGGAAAAAGAAGUUCACCUUUGUGUGUAAAAUGAGUGCCAACCCAGCCACGGGACUCCUGGACCCCUGCAUCUGCCGAGUAUCUGUCCGUAAGGAGCUGAAGGGUGGAAAGACCUACUCAAAGCUGGGCUUUGCUGAUCUAAAUCUGGCAGAAUUUGCAGGCUCUGGAUCCACUGUCCGUUGCUGCUUGCUGGAAGGGUAUGAUACUAAGAACACCCGACAGGACAACUCCAUCCUAAAGGUCACCAUUGGAAUGUCCCUGCUGUCAGGGGAUCCCUGUUUCAAAACGCCUCCUUCCACCGCCAAAUCCAUCAGCAUUCCAGGACAGGACUCUACCCUGCAGCUGACCUGUAAGGGUGAGGGAACCACCAGCAGCAGCAGCAGCAGCAGCUCAGCCACCAUUGGUUCCCUGCGUCAGACCAAGCCAAGAACUGCCAUUCUCAGCUCGGGUGUCCCAGAAGAACCAGAUCAGAACCUGUCCAGCCCAGAGGAAGUUUUCCACUCGGGGCACUCGCGGAACUCCAGCUACGCCAGCCAGCAGUCCAAGAUCUCUGGUUACAGCACGGAGCACUCGCGUUCCUCCAGCAUGUCCGACCUGACCCACCGCAGGAACACCUCCACCAGCAGCAGCGCCUCCGGGGGGCUCAGCAUGACCGUGGAGUGUCCCGAGGGAGAGAGGGACCACAAACUGGAAAAGCCACCUCGCCCCCCCAGGCCAGCCCUGCUGCUGGAUAGACCUUCCAGGAGGAAAAAAGAUUCAGUGGAGAGUCACCCAACCCGGGUGGAUGACACCAGGAUUGAUGCUGAUGAUAUAGUGGAGAAAAUAAUGCAGAGUCAGGACUUCACAGAUGUCAGCAAUACUGAAGACAGUAACCUGAGGUUGUUUGUGAGCAGAGAUGGAACAACUACACUGAGUGGUAUUCAGCUGGGAAACAGGGUCUCAUCUGGAGUUUACGAGCCAGUGGUGAUUGAAACCCACUAAAUGUGAAGAACAGGGUAGAGCUGCUGGACACAGGCCCCCUACCCAGUCCGCUGCCACAUGGAUGCCAACCUUUACCUCUCUUCAUGCAGCAUUCCAGAAGGGAUUUCUCCACACCCCUCCCCAUACAUUUGCACUGCAGAACUACUCUGAGACCACUCCAGAUCAUGCACUUUCCCCACGUUGGCAUUACCCUUCUCCACUGCCCAUUCCUCCCAGUGCCUGCUCUUCCUCCUGUUUCUGGUCAGACACAAGGAGCCUGUUGGGUUUAUCCUUAGUCCUAGAGGAUGUUUCUCAUCUGCAUCCCUCACUCCACCCUUUCACUUGCAACAGGGGGACUUCUCAGCUUCUUUCUCCCCAGAACUUUGGGUUAUACCACUGUGAACUCUUCAGACCACUGGGGGAGGGGGAAACCAUUCUAACCAAACCCAGAGCUGCUCGCUGGUGACACGGUGACAUGGCCACCUGCUGGAUGCUUUAUCCCGUUGACUCUGCAAGGGAGCAUCACCUUCCAAGGCAACGGUUUUACUGAGCAAGGUAUGCUGAGGGGUGCACUUCACUUCCUACCCUCAAAUCCCCAAACGUCCUCUUCUCAUAGGAAAUAUCUCCCAAAAGUGCAUUUCAGAAGACGACCGAGAUCCAGAUGGGAGUUGAUAAAUGGUUAAUUGCUCGUGCUUGUUAAACCACUAACUGAGUGAUGUCCUUCCACUGCUGGGCAUGGAAGGGCAGUCUUCAUCCAUUAGCAUUAGCAGGAGCACUUUAGAGGUUCCAGAUUUUACCUGGAGGAGGCUUCUACUUGCUGUUCCAAGAGUGUAAUCCCUGUCUGCUGGACUGGUUCAGCAGCAAACGGGCACUGCUGGAGCUUGGAAUACAAAGCCUCUGAUUUGU